ACUUCCUAUAUUCAUUAGAUGUAGAUUAUAGUUCAUAUUGGAACAAUGUGUUCCAUUUUUAAACAAAAUUUAUCCUUUCUUCGGAUACUUACCAUUAUUUUAACUCUAUUUAAGGUUUCGGAGGCUAUAAACAUAACCUUGGGACCCGGAACGAAGCGUUUUCUAACCAUCAAUGCGGUAGCUGGCGAUGUUAUAAUAGGAUCCGUUGGUGUCGUUCCGUCCGAUACACCCGUAUCUAUCGACUUGUAUAGAGUUGAAUCUCAGAUAGCCAUCCCAAACGACCACAAACCCAUUCCUAACAUUGAUUUUUCAAAUAUCAACUACUUUGUUGCGGAGACUGGCUACUAUUCUCUCUCUCUAGCAAAUACACACAGUGGAUCCGUAACAGUAGUUGUUUCUAUUAGAGCUGAAUCAGAUGAGAGUAAAGGCUAUUCUAAACUAUCCACAGUGGACGAUCUUAAGGAUGUUGUCUCAUUCGCAGAAAAACUUUUGGUCAACACUCGAUCGAUUAUGAAUAGAAUGGAAGCUUACAGUACCAGGGAGUUCUUGCUAUCAAAAAUUAUCAACGACAUGAACUCGAGGAUUAUAACCUUCUCCUUUAUUCAAAUGUUCUUUGUUAUCGGAUUGUGUUGUGCUCAAAUUUAUUACAUUAGUUCAUUCUUUGAAGUAAAGAGUUUCGUCUAACA